AGCAGGCAACCCGACGUACGUUCAAUGAAACCAAAUCCCCAUGAUUACCGUUACUGUUCGUUUUGGAAUCUACGUGAUUUACUGCUAGACGCAACGCAUCGUGACGUGCCCUGAUACGGCGCUUUCUCCUUUUUGUCUCUGUCAAUCGUCCUUCCUUGCGUCACUCCCACCUUGCAACAAACAACCGAAAACGACACCAACGACCACAACAACCACACCGCAAUGGCGUCGGCGUAUCGGCAAGCCCGGGAGGCCAGCGAACCGGCAGCCGUCCACGACGGUACCACGAAGACCACCGUCAUGGACAGUAGUAGCAGCAUGAGCGUGAGUAGUAGUAGUAGCGGUCCGACGACGACGACUCCUCGUAGUACGGCGCUUGGGAGUGCCAGCAGCGCUUUGCGCACCGUCACCGGUACACCCCUCGUCGUCGCCCACGACGUGCCGUUCAACUGGGUUGACGGUCUCCCCUACAUCCCGACACGGUUUGCCGAUUUGGCCGAUCCCCAAUCCAUCCAACGCGUCGUGGCUCUUCUCCUCCAAGCCACCCUUUCCAACACCAACACCACCACUCCCGACUCGACCGACCACGCACCCGACCAACCCCCUUCCGUACACUCGCCGAACCCCACUCCACCGACCUCCACCGUCGCCAUUGCUCCGGACGAUUGGAACGUGAUUUAUUCCAGUUUCCAACUCGAACAAGUCGCGGGGGGAAUUACCAAUACACUCGUCCGCGUCACCAAUUUGUCCAGUUUUUUCGAUCCCACGACGACUCCCGAUUCCGUCCUCGUGCGGAUCUUUGGAGCCGUCGGUUUGAUUGAUCGGGACGAAGAAACACACGUCUUGGCUCGGUUGGCCGUUCGGGGCAUCGCUCCCGCCUAUUACGGACGUUUCGGGAACGGCCGUUUGGAAGCAUGGCGGGAUGGGAUGCGGGCUCUCGCGACCUACGAACUCGGCGAACCCGACAAACUCGUACCCAUUGCCCGGGAAGUUGCUCGACUCCAUCACACUCAUCUACACGAUAUCGACCGCAGUGAUGCCGAUAACGAAUCCACUCCCCAAAACAACGACAACAACGACAGCAUUACAUCCACGCACGAGCCUACCUUGUGGACGCAAUUGUACGAUUGGUACGACCAGGCCUUGGUCGCCACCGCUUCCACCAAGUCGGUCACACUCGAGUUGUCCAGUUACCGGGCGGAACUGGACUGGGUCCGUUCCCUGACCCCACCGGACACACCCAUUGCGUUUUGUCACAACGACCUGCUCGCCGCCAAUAUUCUUUACAACGACAAUCCCGACCCUACCGAUCCCCGGGUGAUUCAACUGAUUGAUUUCGAAUACGGGGGGACCAAUUACGUCGCCUUUGACAUUGCGAACCACUUUAACGAAUUUGCCGGAGGUCCCCCGACGCAUCCCGUACCGGACUACGACAAUCUACCCACACCGGCACAACAAUUACUCUUUGCCGAAACCUAUCUCGAACAAGAACAAGAACUGCAACAGCAACCAGGCGCGACAACCACGGCCUGGAAGUCGGCACGGGAAUUGUUGGACCACGUACGGAUCUUUGCCCUCGCCAAUCACCUGUACUGGGGUUUGUGGGCCGUUAACCAAGCCGCCACCGAAGGGUGUGACGCAUUCGAUUACCGUACCUACGCUGUCAAUCGACUGAAACAGUACCACGUGGUCAAACAGGAAUACGCAGAUUCCACCGCGAUCAAUGGUCACGUGUAA